GCGAAGGAGAGAAAAUAAGAGUGUGUGAGAGAAGAGAGCUCCACAGUUGCCCUUAGCAGCGCAGCCUCAUUCCUCCACAGUCGGGCUUCAGUCCGGUUGUUCUGAGCGCCUCUCGCCAAUUAACAUCUGCAGCUAUUUGAAUUAGCCUGUUAGAUCCAGAAGCGACUCCACUUUGGGCUGUCACCAAGUUUUCCAGAGCACCCUAAAUUUCCCUGGGGUGUAAUGAAGAGAAAAGCGACGGCUGCAAGUUGAUUCCAGCGCGGCGGCUUUAAAGCGGUCCUCACAGGUGUGGUAAAAGCAGCGGCGAUAAUUACCCUCGAGGAUGGCAGCGCAGGCGGGGAACGGGAGCGCGCCGGAGGUGCUGACCGGGAACAUCAGCGUAGGGAACAUCAGCGUAGGGAACAUCAGCGUAGGGAACAUCAGCGUGGAACUUAUGGACCAUAACACGAGUUGCUCCAACAGCUCCGUACUGACCCGACCGGCCACCAGAGCCCGAGAGAUGGAUUCAUUUCGUAUCCUGCUCUACUCGAUCAUCUUCCUACUCAGCGUCUUCGGCAACCUGCUGAUCAUCGUGGUCCUGACGCUGAACAAGCGCAUGCGAACUGUCACCAACUCCUUCCUGCUGUCACUGGCGGUCAGCGACCUGAUGAUGGCCAUCUUCUGCAUGCCCUUCACGCUCAUCCCAAACAUCCUGGAGGACUUCAUCUUUGGGGCCACCAUGUGCAAGAUAGUUACCUACCUAAUGGGCGUCUCUGUCAGCAUCUCCACCUUCAGUCUGGUGGCCAUUGCCAUCGAGAGGUACAGCGCCAUCUGUAACCCGCUGAAGUCCCGAGCGUGGCAGACCCGCUCCCACGCCUACCGCGUCAUCGCUGCCACCUGGGUGGUGUCCCUGCUCGUUAUGGUGCCCUAUCCUGUCUUCAGCGCCCUCAAGUCCUUCCCGAAGAUCAACGGAACCGUGGGGCACAUGUGCCGCCUGGACUGGCCCAGUAAGCAAGCAGAGCAGACCUGGUACGUUCUGCUGCUGUUUAUUCUGUUCUUCAUCCCGGGCGUGGUGAUGAUUAUAGCCUACGGUCUGAUCUCCAGGGAGCUUUACCGAGGCAUUCAGUUUGAGCUGAGCCAGAACAAAGAGACCACUGGCCAGAAGAAUGGUGCCGGCAGGGUUAUGCCAGUACCAACUGAUGACGAUGAUGGCUGCUACAUCCAGGUUUCCAAAAAGCCCUCAUUUGCUGUGGAGCUUCCCACCCUCUCGUCCUCAACUAACACAAUCCUAAACAAGACUGAGCGGGCCCGUAGCAACACCUCCGAGGCUAAGCUACAAGCCAAGAGGCGAGUCAUCCGCAUGUUGAUGGUGAUUGUAGCCCUCUUUUUCAUCUGCUGGAUGCCCUUGUACUCAGUCAACACCUGGAAGGCCUUCGACCUCAGAUCUGCCUCAAAAGCCCUCACCGGAGCUCCCAUCUCCUUUAUCCACCUGCUGUCCUACACGUCAGCCUGCGUCAACCCCAUCAUUUACUGCUUCAUGAACACACGUUUCCGCAAGGCGCUGCUGUCUACCUUCGCCUGCUGCUGUCGCAACCGCCUUUGCCGCCGGAUCUGGUGGCGCCAGAGGAGAGAGGGGGAAGAUGGCAUCAAUGCCACCACGAUGGCUACAUCGAUGGUGACCUCUAUGUCCAGGUUCAGCUACACCACCGUCAGCACCACCGGUACCUGCUGAGCCUAAAGAAGAGUGAGAUGAUUGCAUCGGAGGCUGUCAGCAGCCUUUGCCGAGUGCACCAUCUGGUUUUUUUUCCCCAUCUUCUGUUUGUCAGUCCUCAUCCUAAUAUGCUGAGUCAUGAGCUGAGUAAUAUCCAUGUCCUUAUUUAAAGGCCUCCCGAAAAGGUCCUGCUCAAAUUCUGUGUGCAUGAUUGCAGAAAGCAAGGCAUAGAAAUCGCCGUUUUAAUGUGGUGACAUUCUUUUACCUCUUUUUUAUUGGCAGCAGCCGCCUUAUCGCAUCCAAAAGAGAACAUCAAGUGCCUGUGUCUUGUAGCUUUGUCAGUCAAUAUCUUUUGUUUUUUUGCUGGAAUGGACAAGUUACAAACCUGUAUACAUAAAUAUUGUCUUCAACUUGUUAAUGUGCCAGUGAUAAAUGUUUGUCAGAAAAAUGACUCAUUACAUUUUUAGCUUCUUUGGAGUUAAUUAUCUGUCUUUUCGAAAGACUGUUAUGCCUACUAAUACUUCUUGAACAUUUUCACCUUUUGUCAUGUCAACCACAAACAAACCAAAGUACUGCAUAAUUUUGGAGUGGAACAAAUUAUAUAUGAGCUUUACAUUUUGUUACAUAUAAAUAUCUGAAUAGUAGAAGGUUUAUUUGUAUUCAGCCCACCUGAGGGAAUCCUUUGCAAGAUCAUCGUUUGCUGCAAAUACAAAUGCUUAUCUUUCAAAGGUAUAUCUCUACCAGCUUUGCACAUAAAGAUAUGGAAAUUGA